AUUUCUAGACCACCCUGUGUUUAUUAAUGUAAAUCAUAGAACAGCUGAUUGCUAUUAAACAUCAACUGAAAAUGUCUCAUCCCGUGCAAAUAGCGGCCCAACCUAGAAAGUAUCCUUUCAAAAAUAUGCAUUUGGCUGAUCAUACCGUGCUGGACACAAUUGAGGGACGCUCCGAUUGUUCGAAAUGUAAUCGCUCCAGGAAAUUCUUUUGUUACAGUUGCUACAUACCUGUGGGUGAUCUGGGCGAUGUCAUACCCCGGGUAAGAAUUCCUCUCAAGAUUGACAUCAUCAAACAUAAAAAAGAGAUCGAUGGUAAGAGUACGGCCAUACAUGCAGCCGUCUUAGCCCCUGGACAAGUAAACAUUUACACAUAUCCCGAUAUACCUGACUACACAAAAGAAGACGAUGUUGUGUUAAUAUUUCCGAGUGUGGAAAGUGUUACUGUAGCUGAACUGUUUGAGCGUAAUGUAAAACUGUGCAAAGAAAAUAAUUUUGGUUUACCCAAGGGCCACAAUGUGGGUACACUGUUGAGGAGACGAAUGGAGGAAGUUGUGGGAGAAGAGUUGACACAGCACACGGAACAUUUGAAACAAUACACAUAUGACAAUUUGCCCAUCAAAAAAGCUGUGUUCAUAGACAGCACUUGGAAUCAAAGUAGAAGUAUUUAUAAAGACGAGAGAGUAAAAUCCUUAAAACCAGUAGUUUUACAAAACAGAUGUUCCCAAUUUUGGCGUCAUCAAAAAGGUAGUCCUCGCUGGUACUUGGCUACAAUUGAAGCCAUACAUCAGUUUCUGCUGGAGGUGCACGUCAACGCUUGGGGAUUAAAUGCACAGUAUAGGGGACUAGAUAAUUUGGAACUAGUAGCAGGUUUCUAUAAAACAACCCGUUUAGUUAAUGAGUGUGAGAACAAUAUUGAAGCUGAGGCUCCGUACAAUGGUCAAUAUGAUAAUUUAAUGUACUUUUUUGCAAAUAUGUACGAUUUAAUACAUAAAUAUUAUGACCACAAUGAAUUAAAGUCGUAUCGCAGACCUAUUUGAAAUUCAUAUAGUGAAUAAAAUUGCAAAAAAUUCUUAAUUUUAUUUAAAAAUACUUCAUAA